AUGCAACAACAGGAUAAUAGAAUGUCACUUUGUAGAAAAUUAUUCAAUCGUUCCAUUGAUUUUAGGGAUCAGUCAAAGAAAAAUCCUCAUAAUUAUUAUGCAUCUGAUGCAUUUCAUUACAAGGAAAUACUUUCCGAAUCAAUGAUUCAAUCCCAAUUAUAUUCAUAUAAUUAUAAUUAUCAUUUGAAAGAUAAGGAUAAUAUUGUAUUUGCAGAGAAAUUCUUUACAACUAAUUAUAAGAAAGUUUAUAAUGAUGAUGGUAAUUUAUUUCAUAACAUUAGUCUUGAUACGAAAUCAACUGGAAAAAAGAAAAAGAAUAGUGAGGAAAUAUUGGAUGAUAAGAUUUGUGAUGUGAUGGUUAUUUCAAAUCCAUCAAGUUCUUAUUGGAAUCAAACCAUUUGCCUUACAAAAUCAAAUUAUCUCUAUCAUUUUAAUAGUGAGAAUAGUCAGGUAAUUAAAGAGGAUAAUAUGCCUCUGUAUUUAUAUUUGGGGUCUCAAAAGUCGGAAUAUUCCUCAGUUGGUUUAACGAAAAUUAGAAUUAAUCAUCAUUAUGAAUCAAUUUAUUUUGUUUCAAAUUUAAAAGAUAGAAGUGCUAUUGAAAUAACUGUGUUGAAUUUUAAGAAGAAUUCACAUUCAUUCGGAUUAAAAACAAAGUUUCUUCUAAAGAGGAAUGUAUUCGGCCGACAGUUAUCAACAGUUUCUUUACAAAGUUCAAUGAUGUUUCUUGGAUAUGAGAAUGAUGAAAUCAAGAUUUAUAAUCUAGAUCAAUUUAUUCAAAAUUUUACAACAUUAUUGGCAAGUGAUAUUGAUCUUGUUCAAGAUUAUUAUGGAAUGAAAAAGAGAAUACCAAUAACUCUUGAUAUUGAUCCGAAUUCUCUUCCAUUAAUGACGAUUGACACCUCAAUACCAAUAAGCUAUCCAUUAUUGGCAUUUUCUUCAGCAAAACCAAAGUGUUACAAAAAUUAUACAUCUAGUAAUGGAAUUAUUCAAUUGAAUACUAAUGGAUUUUGUAAAGUAAUAUUGAAAUCUGAUUUCAUUUACUUUGAUGUUUCAAUACCAGGUGCAAUUACAACACUUCAAAAACUCAAAGAAAAUAACAAACUAAGAUAUGAGCUCUGGGCAAUCAAUCAAAAGAAAACAGAAAACAACAGGCUAUGUAAAAUUAAUGAUCCACACGAUUUGAUCAUGUUCAAUGAAAAACUAACAGGUGUAGCCGUGAGCCCAGAAUUAAUGGUAGACAGAUAUGAAAGAAUUAUUUUCAUUCAUCCUAAUUUUAUCAGAAAUAUUUCGGUUAAUAAGAGAUCUAACGAAUUGGUAUUGAAUUAUGAAAUCAAUAUUAUGAGUUUAGUCUCAAGAAAUAGAAAUAAUCCAAGUACAGAAAGACCUAAGAGAGCUGCUAAAAGAGUUGAUUCAUAUUUCAUAACAGAAUUAUUAGCAUUCGAUUAUGAUAGUGAAACAGACUUGAUGUGUGGAUUACUAUCCAAUGGAGAUAUAUUUCUGAUAAGAAAUAGUAGUGGCGAUAUCAUUUCCAAAUUUAAUAUUGCUGACUCUAUACCAAAGAAAGUAUUUAAGCAAAUUUGGAAUGAAACGCCAUCCUUUGAAAUAACUCUAUUUCUUUGUAUGGACAAAAUAAUAUUAGAAUAUCAAUUAGAAAAUUCCAAAGUAUUUGCUCUAUGUUUUAAAUUAGAAAUGACCAAUAAUCGAGAAUAA